GCAUCUCACGCAGGCCCAUGUGCUGCCUCUGUACGCGCCGAUAUGUGCAUCGGAAUGAAACGAACUGUGAUAUAAGUAGUUUUAAGUUAUAUGAGAUUAAGUGUUAAUGGACAUACUGAAGGACAACCGAGGCCACUGGUUUAUUUAAAAAUCGGAUUUUGAUUGCUUAUCAGCAAUCUUUAUUUUGUGGAAUGAUGACUCACAGUAGCAAGUUGUACUGCCUCAUUGUAGUUUUGAUAGCUCCGACUAUACAAUGUAUAUCGGUGGUCGGACCCCGAGUCCUGCGUCCGUUCAGCACGUACACUGUGGCGGUGGCUGGAGGCUCCCGCGCAUACACUCUAUACGUAGCAGUGGAGGGGCGCAGCGACAAUGGCCAGCAGUUCACACAGGGCCAGGAAGUGCAGGUUCCACCGGCCACUUCCAGGCACAUACAGUUUGAUAUCAGCGACCCUGGUCCUGGCCAGUACUCGCUGGUGGCCCGUUCCACCUCCGGGCCGCAGUUCUCGUCCUCCGCGCCCAUCAGCUACCAGCCCCGCAGCUUCUGCGUCUUCAUGCAAACAGACAAACGGGUCUACAAACCAGGGGAUAUCGUCAACCUGAGAGUCAUCGCUUUAAACAAGUACCUACUACCCCUGACCGGGACGGUAGACGUGAGCAUCCUGGACACUGGCGGCUCGCCAGUGCAGGAAUGGGCGGCUAUGGACUUGGACAGGGGCAUUUUCACCAACCAGGUGAAGCUCAGCGAUGAGCCAGCUCUUGGGGAAUGGACUAUACAGGUGGAGGUCCGUGGGCAGACGUACUCGCGGCGAAUCCUGGUGGCCGACUACGUCACACCCAAGUUCCAUAUGGACAUGCAGAUGCCGAAGGAACUACUGUUCAGUGAGGGUCGCUUCCUCAUCAAUGUCACGGCGAAACAUUUCAACGGAUUACCCGUGCGAGGGGAGCUAACAAUAUCUGCGUAUGCUGUUUUUUUCUCUGGAUUACUACAACCAGUAUUUUCAUCACCUGCAAGGAAAGUUGUAGAAUUUAACGGCAACUCCGAGGUGGUGUACGACCUUAAAACUGACCUUGACCUCGCAGAAGACGCGGCCAGGCCGUUGGUAAUCGAAGCCGUGUUGGAGGAAAAAGAUACGCUCGUAAGGCAAAAUGUUUCGUCCAGAGUACUGUUGUUGCGAGCGCCCUAUCGAUUGAAAGUCUCGGCACCGGAAUACUUUAAACCCAAUUUGCCGUACAAUGUUCAGAUCGAAGUAGCGGAUUCACUUGGGCAAGUGAUGAAAGAAAACGGGGAGGUGACGGUGGAGCGCCUGUGGGAUGACGGGGCGCCGCCCAACACCACCUCAGUGCCACUACGUGAGGGCCUGGCAACGUAUACACUGAUCCCGGAUGAACUACACGCGAACUCCACGCUAAACUUACUGAUAAAAUACAAGGAAGUGACGGAACGAGUUAUCCAAAUUACGAGUAGCAAGGCCUCCGGAGGUCGGCACCUCAAUGUGGAAGUCCUGACUCGCGAUACCGCGGUGGGAGACGAAUUACGAGCGAGAAUUACAUCCACUGAGCCUAUGGAUCUCGUGCACUAUGUGAUCAUCGGGCGAGGAGACAUUCUUGUAGCGAAGACUUUGGAGCUGAGCCCGGCCCGUGUCAGCGUGGACAUCGCAGCGGCGGUGUCCCGCGACAUGUCGCCGGGCUGCGUGCUGCUAGCGUGGCGACCGCGUUUGGACAACACGUUGCUGGCGGCCGCUGUGCUCGCUCCGCAACACAAAUUGUUGCAGCAUAAGGUGUCCGUGCUGCCACCAACAGCCACCAGCUACCGGCCCAAGAGCCUGGUGUCUCUAUCAGUGCAGGGCUCUAGUGGUGCCAAUGUCGGAGUGCUAGCGGCUGACAACACCGCCAUCGCGGCCGGCGUCGCCAAUAAAGACGGGCUUGGCAGUGGGAUCGAUAUGCACACGAUCGAACGAGAAGUGGAAAGCUUCAGCGGACUCAAACAUGCUUUGUUUAAAAAUGAAGAUCAUUUGCCCGGGGUAGGAGCGGACUUGGGAGGAUACACGUCUGGAGAUGUCUUUACAAAUGCAGGAGUGGUGAUAUUGACGGAUGGGCUGAUCAUCCAAAAUGACAAAAUUGGAGCACUGGAACCGGAGCCAGAGACAGCUACUCGCCCCCCGCUGGCCGGACCUUACGCCUUCAGCCGCCUGCCGCCGCCGCCCGCGCCGCGCUACUACCUCCCCGUCGUCAGCCCGCUACCAACAUGGGCCUUCUCCAACCUCACUCUAGGUUUUGACGGAGCUGGCUCCAUAGAGCGUCGCGCGCCACCGUCCUCCGUCGACCUCACCGUUGGAGCAAUCGCAGUCGACCCCAAUCUCGGGCUGGGACUGGCUUCACCACAGAACUUCCAGGUGCAAGUUCCACUGUCCAUCUCGGCAGAACUGCCCGAGAGCAUGCAACGCGGAGAGACGCUGGCUGCGGUGGUGGUUCUGAAGAGUACCCUCACCGUGGACACCUCGGUAGAAGUCACCUUCUACAACUCCGACCAGUACUUCGAGUUCGAACCACUUGAUAAUGAUAUUGAUUCUGCUAAAAAAAUCGAAUUGUUCCGUCGUCUCCGCGUGAUGGUUCCAGCGCGAGGCUCUGCCAGCACCGCUUUCCUGGUGACGGUGGUGCGCACGGGACAAGCUUCUGUCCUCAUUGAAGCCAGUGGCAAUGGCGUCUCCGACUCUUUGUCCCGCAUUAUCGAUGUCAAGGAUGGCUAUGAAGAAACUGUAUGGUCUUGGGAACUCCUAGACGCUCGACGAGGCAUUGCCCGCGCCAAUGCUACUUUACAACCUAAAGCCGGCACGAAACUAGGGCCAGCCUUAUUACAAGCCGGCGGUGAUAUUGUAGCCGCUGUUUUGAACGACCCGAACGAACGCGAACUGGGAUUCGACCCCAUGCCCGCUGCGUCGCCACCGCACGCACUAAGACCUUUGGCGAAAGCUUGUAUACUCUUAGAUUAUUUACAGGCGACAGAGAGGGACGACUUGCCAAUUGUGAAUGAUGCGCGCGCGCAAGUCCAAACAGGCUUUCAGAGACUCAUGGCAUAUAGGCAAAAGGAUGGCUCCUUUGCUACGUUCAGCGAUAGUGAAGAUGGCGGAGAUGUUUACAUGACGUCAAUAUCGUGCCGCUGGUUGUCCCGCUGUGCCCGCCACGUGUCGGUGUCCCCGCGCGCGGGCGCGGCGGCGGCGCGCUGGCUGGCGGCCCGGCAGCUCCCGCGCGGCGGCUGGAGCCCCACACCCGCGAGCCUCCGCACCGACCCCAGAGCGCAAGCUGAGAUACCGAAUACAGCACACGCGCUGUUGGCGUUACAACAAGCUAGGGGUGGCGAUAUAUUAUACAAGAGCAACAUCGACAAUGCAGCCGACUUUCUUUCACAAGGGCUAUCCCCGUCGCUAGACGCCUACACGCUGGCGGUGACUGCGCAUGCUCUGGCCGUGGCACAGCAUCCGCAAGCCAAGCUGGCGCUGCAGAUGAUGGACCAGUAUGUUAACAGCUCAGGUUCAACGUUAUUUUGGUCUCGGAAGCUCUCUGGGUCAGAGUGGCGUAACCCUUGGCUGCGGGAUAACACCCUGGAAGCCAACACAGCCGCACACGGACUGCAAGCGCUGAUGCUGGCGCGGCUCGAGGACCAGGCAACCUCUGUAGCGAGGGCGCUUCUGCAGGCUGCCAGACCGGCCGAUCCCGACCCUGAUGUCAUUGACGCUUUAGCCAAAUACGCCGAGAUGACAAGGACAUCGACGAAGCUACGCAUAUCUGUAAAUGUGACGGGAACCGAAGAAACUAGGCAAUUCCAAAUCAUGGACAGCAACGCCUUUAUAAUACAGAAUCAACAGAUCCGCACGGGUCGGUCGGCGAGCGGCGUGACAGAAGGGCGCGGCGCGGGCGUGCUGGGGCUGUGGGCGCGCGGCGACACCAACGUGACGGCCGCGUGGCCGCGCUUCACGCUCGACCCGCGCGUCGACCAAGUCUCCACCACUUAUCGCUUGCAACUAUCUAUUUGCAUCGGGUUUGUGCCACAAGGCAAUGAAACAGAGAGUGGGUUAGCUCUCCUCACAGUCCAGUUGCCUACAGGGUAUUUGGCGGAUAUAAACACACUGACGGAAUUAACGGCGGCGCGUCACGUGUCCACGGCGCGACUGUCACGCGGCGGGGCGCGCGUGUCGGCGUGGCUGCGCGCGGCCCGCGGCGAGCGCUGCGCCACGCUCGCCGCGCCGCGCGUCGUGCCCGCUGCCAGGCAACGACCGGGCUGGGCCACGCUGGAGGACUUGUAUGACUCGAGUCACCGCGCACGCGUUUUCUACCAGCCGCUAGCGAGCAGCGCGUGCGACGUGUGCCGCGAGUGGGCGUCGUGCGCGCGCGCGUGUGGCGCCGCCGCGUCGCAGCGCGCCGCCGCGCCCGGCCGCGCGCGGGCCGCACCCGACGCCGCCACUCAAGUCGAAUACCAACCGAUAUUAUUAGUGUUAACUAUCGGCCUCACUCUACUCACGAUGCGAUAGCCGCAGUUUACAUGACGCUACAUGAGGGGCCUCAUAGACUUACUCUGAGAGACACUACGCUAUAGUUAUCUAUACUAAACUGAGCAUCUGUAGACGUGUCGACCAUUUCACGAUACUUUAAUCGUGUAAAAGUUAUGCAAGGACCAAAAUGUAAAAGUAAAGUA